AUGCCUCCCAAACCAGCACAAUUACAUGUUACUGUUAUUAGACAUGCAGAAACAAACUCAAACUUAAAUCGUAUUUUACAAGGUCAUAUAGAUGUAAAAUUAAACAAAACGGGAAGAGAACAAGCAGAUUUGGUUGCAAAAAGAUUACAAAAAAUUAAAAUCGACCAUAUUUACACAAGUGACUUAUCACGAGCAAAAAAGACUGCAGAUGCAAUAUGUAAAUAUCAUCCAGAUACGCCAGUAACAGUUGAUGAACGAAUACGUGAAAGGGAUUUGGGUAGACUAAGUGGAUUAAGUAUUUAUGAUGCUUUAGAGUUAAUAAAAAAUGAAGAACUUACAUGGGAUGAUUAUGGUGAACCAAAAGAAGAUUUCAAAGCCCGGGUGGUCGAUUUCUUCGAUGAAAUGGUUGCAAACCAUUUACCAAAAAGCAAUAAUCGUAGUCAUUCAAGAAGUUCUUCUACAUCCUCAAUAUCUUCUUUAUCAUUAUCACUUUCAUCAUCACCUUCUCCACCUUCACCAACGCCAACCUCAACACCAAAUUGUAAUGGUAAUAAUAAAGCUAGAAAUCCUCACAUUUUAAUAGUUACACAUGGUGGUACAAUAAAAGAACUCGUAAAAGAACAUGUGUUGUUGGAUUUAGGAUUUAGAGUUAAUAAUUAUCUUAGUAUGAAACAUAAGGCAAAGAAUUCUAGUGUAACAAAAUUUGUUGUAAGAAGAAGAAAAAAUACUUCAUAUUUUGACAGCGACGACAACAAUAAUGCAGUUGAUGAUUACGAUGAUUCUAAUAGUGUUGUUAGUAGUGGUAGUAAUAGUGCUAAAGAUGACGAAGAUACUGGAUCAGAAAAAGCUCUUUGUACUUCUCCUACCCCAAUUAAGAUCAUUGGACGUAAAACUAGUCGUUUAUUAGAAGGUGAAGUCACCUUAUGGAGUUGUGUGUCUCAUUUAUCUGCUCAAGUGAGCAUCGAAAAUUUAGUGUUAAUGUGUUAG